CGUCAUUUGUGGGACUGAAUCGGAGUUUGGCUGCCCAAGUUUCGAUGAAUAUGAGCCGGCCGGCGGUGCACCCGGUGGAGGCUCCUCCGAUGACCGAUGGAGCCAAUAAUCCUCUGAGAGUGAGGAUGAAGAACGUCCAAGGCAUGCCUGGUACGCCAGGUGGCCUUGCUUUACGUCUCUGCCAGUUCGCUUUCGCUGUCGUUUCCCUCUGCAUCAUGGCCUCCACCAGCGAUUUUCCUUCCGUCACCGCUUUCUGGUAUUACGUCCUUACCUUAAUCGCAAUGCACAUAUCAAUAAUAUUCUUACAUAUGUAUAGAGACAAGCACUUUUGUGUUUGUGUUGCACCAGUUAAUCAAGCUUUUGAGAGAUGGAACUCUGUAAUUUCUUAUUUGAGUGCAAGGACAAUAAGAACAGAGAAAAUGAAGGAAAAUUAA